AUGUCUGAUACUCCAGCUAAAAGCUCAGCCUCUAGCGAGCACGAAGAACUCAACGGAACCUAUUCUCCUAGACCCAUUUUGCCCAUCAAGAGAUCAAAGCUCACUGGAAGUUCUGAAUUCCAUGUGGGUACGCCUCUUCAGACUCGUGUAGCUUCUCCAUGUACAUUGAAUCCCCCCAUUGACAGUGACGGUUUGUCGUGGCCAUCACAGGGAGCAAGAAAGAGAAUCGAGCAGACACCAGAAGAGGCGGAAGCACGAGAAGCUCGUAUAGCAGAUGCCGUGAAAGUCAUUUUGCACGAGUUGGGUGAAGAUGUAGACAGAGAAGGUUUGCUUGAGACCCCGGAACGGUAUGCCAGAGCAAUGUUAUUCUUCACCAAGGGCUAUGAAGAUAACAUUAGAGAUGUUAUCAAGAGAGCUGUUUUUGAAGAGAACCACGACGAGAUGGUGAUAGUGAGAGACAUUGAGAUUUAUUCGUUGUGUGAGCACCACUUGGUUCCGUUUUUCGGCAAAGCCCAUAUUGCUUAUAUUCCCAACAAAAGAGUCUUGGGCCUUUCCAAGUUGGCCCGUUUGGCUGAGAUGUAUGCCCGUAGAUUCCAGGUCCAGGAACGUUUGACGAAACAAAUUGCCAUGGCACUCUCUGAGAUCUUGAGACCUCGUGGUGUAGCUGUAGUAAUUGAAGCUACUCACAUGUGUAUGGUCAGUCGAGGAGUUCAGAAGACAGGCUCUUCAACCACUACCAGUUGUAUGUUGGGCUGUUUCCGCGACCACCAAAAGACCAGGGAAGAGUUCUUAACGUUGUUGGGAAGAAAGUAG